CAAUCAUGGGCAAUAGCAAUAAAUGCAGCGAAGAGGAUGACCUCAAUGCACCGGCGUGGAUAAAUGAAGAUUUCUUCAAGCGAAUUUUGGAAAAAAGUGAAUGUGACAAUGUGCAGAUACACAAUUUGCUACUCUCGUCAGGCACAGCGAAAAAUGAUCACUACGCGAGCAUAUUGUUUCGCGCGAAACUUAAGUACACGCUUCACGCGCAGCCCACACAGGAGAAAUAUCGGGCGUUUGUAAUGAAAACGGAACCCUUUGUGGAUGGUGUGAAGAAGGAUAAAAUGAAUGAAGUGCCACUAUUUGAAACCGAAGUGGGCGUGUAUACGAAAGUGUUGCCGAAAAUUGAGGCGAAAUUGCGAGAGUUUGGUGAUCAAACGAUUUUGGCACCCAAGCUUUUCCACUACAGUCUUCAGGCGCCACGUUGUAUUGUUUUCGAAGAUCUCGUAGUUGAGGGCUACACAACCAUAAAUAAUCGCCAUUGCAGUUUGGAAGAAGUCAAAAUGGCACUAACGAAAUUGGCCAAAAUGCAUGCAAUUAGUUAUCAAAUGAUACACAGGGAUAACAACCACGACUUAGCAAACUUCAAUAAAACUUUCGUCAAUACAAUCGAUUUAGCUGAUUUUCCUGUACUCGGCAAUGGUAUUAAAUUAAUUAAAGAUGUGAUCAGCGACCAAUCCGAUUUGCAAAAAUUCCUACCACAUAUAGAAUCGGUGGAGCGUUUUUUAAUACCCAAGGUUAUAGACCUCCUGAAUGCAACGAAAAACGGCAAUCAAAGUGGUGUGCAAGUAUUAAAUCACGGUGAUUUUCAUGUGAAAAAUUUAAUGGUGAAGAACGACGGCAAUAAGCUGAAGGAUCUAAUGGUGUUGGACUAUCAAGUGAGCAUUUUUGGUUCGCCUGCGAUCGAUUUACAUUACGCCUUCACCAUGAUGUAUAGUCCUAGCAUGCGUCGUGAGAGAAUGGACGAACUGCUCUAUUACUAUAUAAUCAAUUUGCAAGAGACUUUGCGUAAAGUCGAAUUCCAUGGUCAUAUACCAACCAUACAGGAAAUUAGAGCUGAGAUGCAGGCAUACCGGCAUUGGGGCUUAUAUUUGAUAUUCACGCUGCUCUACUUCAAUUAUGCACUGGUCGAUGAGAGCAUCGAAAUGGAUAAAUUGGUAGAAUCGGAGACGGCACGGCGUGCUUAUUAUGCGAAUCCAAAAAUUUUAGAUGAGCUGCGUAUACUGCUGCCGAGAUUUCUGCAUUUGGGUUAUUUCGAGGAAUAGCUCAAAUGAGCCGAGGG